AUGAGAGCUUAUUACUGGCUCUUCUUUUUUUUCCAUCCCCUCGAGGUGGAAUCUUCCAACACCAUCGACAACGUCAAGUCCAAGAUUCAGAAGGAGAGCACACUUCACCUUAUCCUCCGUCUCCGUGGUGGUAUACAGAUUUUCAUCAAGACUCUCACCGGCAAGACAAUCCUCGAGGUGGAAUCUUCCGACACCAUCGACAACGUCAAGUCCAAGAUUCAGGACAAAGAGGGCAUUCCUCCUGACCAGCAGCGCUUGAUCUUUGCUGGUAAGCAGCUGGAAGACGGUUACACCUUGAGCGACUACAACAUCCAGAAGAAGAGCACACGAUUCUCUUUUUUUUUUGCUACUGAUUUCGACACGUUCCUGGAGAUCGUGACCCUUUUAAGGGAGAGGGAGAAGAAGGAGGCGGCGGCGGCCGGUGGUGGUGCUGGCGGUGGUGCUGGCGGUGGAGAUGAGGGCGGCGGCCCUGGACGCGGUGGCCACGGUGGUGGUGGUGGCUGUCGGGGAGGAGGGAAAGGCGGCAGACGCCGCGGAAAGCGUGGAUCCGGGAAGAAGAAGAAGGAAGAAGAGAAGAAGAAGAGGGAGGCCGUCGGCGACAGCGGCAGCAGUGUUGUUGGGGGAGGAGUCAUCAAACUCCCCCCAAUCCGAGGACGAGGCCGUGGCGGGACUCUGUCCCGGUCCCAGUGGAGACACCUGCGGGCUUUGGGCCUUGAGCCCGAAGAAGAAAAAGAAGAAGAAAAAGAAGAAGGAGAAGUAGAGGAAGAGGAAGAUGAUGAAGAUGCGGAGAUGGAUCUCCCUUGA